AUGCCUGACCAGUUUCAGAAGGAGAGUUUAGACGCGCACAAUCAAUACCGCGCUCAACAUGGUGCCCCGCCAUUGAAAUGGUCCUCAAAACUGGCGUCCGAUGCGGAGAAAUGGGCCAAACAACUGGUGAAGUUAAAUCGCCUUCAACAUCACACUGGAGAUGACGGCGAAAAUCUUGCAUAUGCCUCAGGUAAACCUAUCAGGAUUUUUUGUUUUUGUAUGUUUGUUUGUUUCCUUCGCGUCACAUCCCUCACAUGCACACAUAGACUUUACCUAAUCUCAUACUCGGGUCCUACAAACUGAAAUGUAGGAUCUUACAACCGCUUGGCCGUGGUAGGUCUGGGUACGAGACUAGCCUGUUCCUAAGGUUCAGUUGGUAAGACGAAGUGAGAUAGUAAACGGCGCGAUAGAAGCAGUGGAGUGAAAAAACGAGGGAGGUCGCGACCCGACCCAUACUUUCCUUGUUCUUUUCAUUCCGCCGCUACAUUUCUGCCGCAGGUUAUUACAUGACACUAGGAAUUGAAACCUCCGUGAGCUGAAAUUUAUCGUUUGUUUGUAUUGUGUUCUUUUCACGAGUGGAACAAAAAAGUUGUCACGUUCGUUUCCGCUAGUUUAGUGACUCCUUUACCAUAUGCUGAUUUUUAGUGCGUUGCCUAGCACCAAGAGAAAAUUAGGAAAGCUCACUAUGUCCGAUAGGAAAAUAAUAUGUUGCAAAGGCAAACCCCACGUAUUAGUGACGCAAAUGCGUAAAAACAUGGGAAAGACAGGAAAAAAACUGAUUGGAAGUGAAUCGAUAUAAUAAACCCCUCCUGGCAUGUAUUUAGAUUCGAUCGAGGAGAACUUGCUCGAGGUAAUCAAGUCAAGGUUUGGUGUUAAACUUUCCGCCCACAGAAAUUAAUUAAAUUGAGACAGAAGAAUUUUCUCUUUCGUGGUUUGACUUGAUCCAUAUGGCCUUUCAUAUCAUUAAGUAAGUUCCUACCAUAGAAGUUUUUGUCGUUUUCCUGCUGCUGCGUUCAUGAAAACAGCGGCUAAACAAGUAGAGGUUGUCGUUUUACAGUAUGACGUCUUUAUAGUUUACUCGCAUCCAAACAUGUUGAAUUUAUUCUACUGCGUCAAACUUUGAUGAUUUUGAUACUUCUCUCCAAGGCUAUGAACUAACAGGUCAGAGAGCCGUAGAUAUGUGGUACGAAGAGAUCAAAGACUACAACUUUGGCAACCCUGGAUUUUCUUCAGGAACAGGCCACUUUACCCAGGUUAUAUGGGUAGGCUCACAGGAGGUGGGGGUCGCCAAAGCAAGCAACGCUAAUGGCACACAAUUUGUAGUUGCACGGUACUACCCUGCUGGGAACGUUCUGGGGCGCUUUCCGGAAAAUGUCCAGCCCAAAGGGUCUAAGAUUUCCAAAAAUGCUGGUAAGAAGACGGAACAGCCUCGAGGUAGCAGGCCAGUGGGUGGCAAAGUGCAAGUCACCGUCAAUACCAAAGGCGCUACUGACAAACCACGUGAGUUUGACGACGUUUUUUCCGAACUAAUGUUCAUUUGUUCUAAUGACUGGUUAUCUAAAACUCUACUCCGGAUUUCGAUCUUGGUCUGAAGUUUUCCUUUGUACUUAAACAAGCAAUGUGCACCGAGAGGGGGAGAUAUGGGAAUGCAAGGAAAAAUGCUCCAAUCUUUUGCGAUGCAAACGCUGGUACCAAAAGCUGCCUUGGGAAUAAAAUUUUCUUGCGGUACGGGUUUUUUUUCGCUAGUUUUAGUGUAUCCCGCGACAGGUUACAGGUUACGAGAGGUUACAAAUCUCAUUCAUGGGUUUGUUGUUGGAUUUUGGUUGUUUUCAUUUUGCUUGUUAUCGUGCUGGUAAGUCGCAACAACCAAUCAUUCACUUAGUGUUCUGCAGAGAAUUUUUGUGAAAAUCUUAACCUUGCUGCAGAAUCUUAUCCCCAAAGCAAAUGGCGCAAACCCAGACUGUUUUGUUUGAAUGCGAUAGUCAAGACAAUUGAUCGUACGAAUCUGUUUUGGAUGAAGUCCAGAUAAAUGGUUUGUCGCAAAGACUUGUCUCAGCUACUUGAUAUCCCCUUCAAAUUGUUCUUUUGAACUCCUUCUAGUCAUACGUAACUCAUUAAUAUCGUUCAUUUUCUGAACUAGAAAACACCAGGGAAUUCAAGAAUGAACUUCUCAAGUCACACAACGAAAUCCGCACCCAACAUGGUGCACCUUCUCUGAAAUGGAAUUCGAAACUGGCUGCGGAGGCACAAUCUUGGGCAGAAGAUUUGGCAAGAAGGAACUGUAUACAGCCCAGUAGCUCAAAUGACUACGGAGAGAAUAUUGCUUAUAUGUCCGGUAAGAGAGAUAUUUAGAUUUUCUGCAGUUUAUACAUCCAGGAACAACUAAAUUACCAGUUGCGCGCAAGAAAAAGAGAAAGAGAGGGAAAACGCACGCAAGUCGUGGACCACUCGCGUGUCUUUUCUCGUGCGCGGCAUCCCGGACGUUUUAGCUGGUCAUUAGGCGGUCUCGGUUCCUUUUAACUUAGAUACCAUGGUAAAUCAUGUCGUCACUGUGGUAAAACUCGAAUUCCUUAAAGAUUUUGAGACAAAAAAUCACUUACUGCAAAGAUAAACCUGUAAGACUGCAAAACUCUGCAAAACGCGAGCAAAGUUGGUACUUGCAAAAAAAAUUAACAGAAAACAUCGAUGGAACAACGAAUGAAAUGAAAACAAUCUAGCUUACUACUGACCCUAUUUUAUAGAAUUUCUAGAUUCGAUUUCAUUGUUGCCUUUGUAAGUAAUUUGAAAUAUAAUGGAAUUUGGCACGCGCCGUUUUUCACAUGAAAGAUACAUUGAGAAGAUUGAAAGAAACAUUCAGUGAUCUAAGUGAAGCGAAUUGUAGCACUCUCCUUUAUCUCGACCCUUGAUUUUCCUCAUUAGUUUACUACUUCGUGUGUUUGAUAAUGUACUCAAUGAAUCCGCUUUAUUUAUUGACUGAUUUUUUUUUUUUUGUCGUAGGAGGGCAACUUACAGGGAGAAAGGUAACUGAUAUGUGGUACGAAGAGCACGACAAAUACAGCUUCAGAAACCCAGGGUUUUCUUCGACUACCGGCCAUUUUACCCAGAUAGUCUGGCAAAGUUCUAAAGAAAUGGGAGCCGGAAAAGCUGUCAGUUCAAGCGGAGCACAAUUUGUCGUGGCGCGAUAUCAGCCCCCAGGGAAUGUCCGGGGGCAGUUCCCCGAAAAUGUCAAACCGGCAGGGACCGGAGGGGGAGGUGAGUAAUAAAGUCCAAUUUUUUUGAUUUAGGUCUUUGUAAAAUACUUGAAAAAUGAUAUUUUCAGCAGCAAUUUGAACGCUCAGGCUUUCCUUCGACACUCUGAAUUGUUUACUCAAUGGCUCCGAGAAUUUGAUCCAUGAUUCUCUCUUCUGAUUAACCUAUAACUCUCCCAUCUAACCCGGCGCUGUCUUUUCGAACCCCUCCACCUUUAACAAUGGAUAAUGAGCCCCUGUCUCUUAAAAUUUUUGAAUUUUUGACUCCCUGUGGCCCGACUCAUCUCAAGUGCAUAUGCAGACUUCACAUUGCAGGCGAUCGCUUUUUUUUGAGGUGGAGGUUCCACCGUAUCGUGCCGUCACUUCUUCAGCUGCACGUAACGACGUAACGUACUUUUAGUGUUGGUCGUUUAGAGCCUCAACGAAAAUUUGGUGUGAAAGAAUUUACUCUUUUUUCUACGAUUUGUGUUAUAUAUGUAUCUUUUUGUUGCCUUUCAGGUGGUCAAAGUUGUUGUGUCAUUUUGUGAUAAAAGAAAUACAAAAGAUUUAAUCUGGUACUGAAGGCUCGUCGGCGGAACACUGGAAUCGAAUUUUUUUGUUAGACUUCAAAGAGAAAUAAACGAUAGGUAUGCUACAAUCGCGGACGAAACAUGUUUGGACAGGAUGUUCAUUCAUGAUAGUCUCGCUCCUCAAAUCUCACUGGAAAAGAACAAAAAACACACCCCUCUUCACUGCACCCUCCUUGACCCAAUAUGUCAAAUGUAUGUUUCCUCGGCGAGGACAAAUAACGC